AUGGCACCCAAGGUUCUCGUAGUUCUCACCUCGUAUGGCCAGAUUGAGGGCACCGACAACAAGACCGGCUGGUAUCUGCCCGAACUCGCACACCCUUACGAUGUUCUCGCCCCCAAGACCGAGCUUGUGUUCGCCUCGCCCAAGGGCGGUGAAGCCCCGCUAGACCAGGCCUCCGUUGAGAUGUUCAAGAGCGACCCUUCGUCGGUUGAGUUCCUGAAGACCAAGGAGGCCUUAUGGAAGAACACAGAGAAGCUGUCCUCGUUCGUGGGCCGCUCGGGCGAGUUCGCCGCCCUCUUCUACCCUGGUGGCCACGGCCCCAUGUUCGACCUGGCAACCGACAAGGACAGCAUUGCGCUGAUCAACGAGUUCGUCGCCGCCGGCAAGCCCGUCUCGGCCGUGUGUCACGGUCCCGCCGUCUUCACCAACGUCGUGCUCCCCAGCGGCAAGCACCUUGUCGACGGCAAGGAGGUCACUGGUUUCUCCAACGUGGAGGAGGACCAGGCCCAGAUGACCAAGCUGAUGCCCUUCCUCCUCGAGACCAAGCUCGGCGAGGUCGGUGGUGUCUACAAGAAGGCCGCCGAGCCGUGGGGCCCGCUGGUCCUGUCCGUCGACGGCGGCAAGCUGAUCACCGGUCAGAACCCGGCGUCGGCAAAGGGUGUGGGCGAGGCCAUUGCCAAGGCUAUUGGUGUCUAA